AAAUAUUUAUAGGGCAGCAUCAAAACAGAAGGAUUCCCGACAUUACAGUUCUUUCUCUGCUAAUGGCGCUAAUGGCGGUCGCUCUUCGUCUGAUGCCAAACAUUAAAAUCAACAUGGCCAGGACUCUCGGGGAACUUUGUCAUCUCACACCACCCACUUCUCCUUCACCAGUCUUCACGUGCCAUAGCGUGAAUGUAUCUUAAAACUUGUGUUACAGGUUCAUAGUUUAAAUUUGUGUGGGCUCUUUGAAGUCGCCAUUGGCCUCCAAGAAUCCGUACAGAUUUUAACCGGCUUCGAGCGGGACAUUAAAAUGUUCUAUGGUUCAGCAAUUUUCAUGUCCUAACGAUGCUGCCCUCACUUUUAUGGAACAUUUUUCUUGACUCUUGCUGACAAAAGUGCACAAACACAAUGAAAAAUUCCCCGCCUAAUGUCAGUCCAACUAAAGUGAGGAGUCUUUUGGAUAUGAAUCCAUCAGAUAUAGCCAAACCUCUUCAUAUUCAAAAGCUUGAACAUACACUUGAUGUGCGACCAUUCUUGGCUGAAGUAACCAAGAUCUUUGAAUACCCUACCAGUGAUCCUGAUUCCAGUGAAUCAGAAACUGAGUCCCAAGGAAACGAUGGGGGUAAAGUUAAUGGUGAAAAGAUUUGUAAUGGUAUUCCUACAUCUAAACAAGAAAGGAAAUCUGAUAAACAUAGAUUAUAUAACUUUUCGCAAGUGGCUGGUGAAAGAGAGUGGUUGCGGGAUGUUCUCCUGUCAGAUUCUGAAGAUUCUGCUGAAGAAGAAAAUUGGACAGUAGACCAACAUAUUAAAGAAAUGCUUUACCACCACCAACUUAGAAGAAAAUAUCAGAAAAAAUAUUAUUCAAAUCCUGAUAAUUUACAGUAUCAAUACUAUGGGGCUGGAUUGCUUUCAAAUUUUGAUAAGUUUACUGAGCACCAGAAAGCUGUCAUUGGUAACAGGAAGAAAAAGAAGAAAGAAAAGGUUGAAGUUAAAAAAAGAGGAAGAAAGCCGAACAAAGACAAACUUAUCAAUUCUACAUUCAAUGAAUCUGAUCUGCUUCAUUUAAAUGAAGAGGAACGCAAUCUACUUCGUAAAAUUAAAAUUGAAGAUGAAGCUUCUGGUGCUGCUGAGACAGGCAGAGCUCCUCGAGGUCGUAAAAAGAAACAGCAAUCAACCAAAAGUCCUGAGGUUAUGGCUCAAAGGAGAAGGAAGAUAUGGGCAGUAAUGGCUAAGAAGGAGCUUGGAAAAGUACAGCGAGGGAAGGCAAAUAACCAUAAGGAACAGCUAACCAGCUGCAGGAGAGUUGCCACCUACUGUAUGAGGCAUUGGCGCCAGAAGGCCAUGCAGUCUCAAAAAAAUAUGAAAGAAACUGUUUGGAGACUAAAGCGUCUGACCCGAGAAAUGCAAGCGUAUUGGAAAAGGUAUGACCGUGUGGAGAGGGAAACAAGGCGUCGUAUGGAGAAGGAAGCAGAAGAGCAAAGAAAAAUGGAUGUUGAAUUGUUGGAGGCCAAGCGUCAGCAAAGAAAGUUGAAUUUCUUGAUUACUCAAACUGAGCUCUAUGCCCACUUCAUGUCUAAAAGGUUUGGUUCAAUUGCUAGCCAUGAGCAGCAAAGAAUCCUCAGCCAACUAGAUGAAGAGAAGAAUCCAAGGCUGCUUGCUGUUGAUGCAUAUGACAGUGAGGCUAUGAAGUCAAAAGUAAAACUAAAUGUUAGUCAUGCAUUUCGCACUGAACAACAACGGACAAGACAAUUUGCACCAUCGGCAACUCAGGCCCAGGCUCAGGCUGAUUCUGCCAUUGAAAAUACUCUUACCCCACUAGAAGAGCAGCCACAACCUGCUAUGUUCAGGGGAAAUUUGAAACAUUAUCAAUUGAAGGGUCUGAGUUGGGUGGCUAACUUAUACGACCAAGGGAUAAAUGGUAUUUUGGCUGAUGAAAUGGGUCUUGGAAAAACAGUUCAAUCAAUUGCUGUUUUAUGCCAUGUAGCUGAAAAAUAUGGUAUAUGGGGACCAUUCCUCAUAAUUUCUCCAGCUUCCACUCUCCAUAAUUGGCAACAAGAAAUGGCAAGGUUUGUGCCUGAUUUUAAAGUUGUGCCAUACUGGGGAAGCCCCCAGGAGAGAAAAAUUCUUAGAGGGUUUUGGGAUCAGAAGGAUAUGCAUACUAAGGAAGCCAGCUUUCAUGUAGUCAUUACCAGUUACCAGCUUGUAAUCCAAGACUUCAAGUAUUUCAAUCGUAUUAAAUGGCAAUACAUGAUAUUGGAUGAAGCUCAAGCAAUCAAGAGUCAAAGUAGUCAAAGGUGGAAGCUGCUUCAAUCUUUCAGUUGCCGCAAUAGGCUCUUGCUCAGUGGAACACCUAUUCAGAACAGUAUGGCUGAACUGUGGGCCCUGCUUCACUUCAUUAUGCCCACCUUAUUUGAUUCACAUGAUGAAUUUAGUGAAUGGUUUUCAAAAGAUAUUGAAAGCCAUGCUGAAAAUAAGACUGCCAUGGAUGAGAAACAUCUUACACGCUUGCACAUGAUAUUGAAACCAUUCAUGCUCAGGAGAAUAAAAAAAGAUGUUGAGAACGAACUCUCGGACAAAAUCGAAGUUAUGGUGUACUGCCCUCUCACAACACGCCAAAAACUUCUGUAUACAGCUCUCAAAAAGAAAAUACGCAUUGAAGAUUUGCUUCAAACAGCGGGAUCUGCUCAAUCUGCUCAAAGUGUUACAUCUAGUCUUAUGAACCUUGUAAUGCAGUUUAGAAAAGUUUGUAAUCAUCCAGAAUUAUUUGAAAGAAGAGAUGCAAAAUCUCCAUUUUUUAUGCAGUGUGCUGCAUAUGUAGUGCCCAAGCUUGUUGCAGAAUAUGGCAUUAUUCAUCAGACUGUACCCAGCAACAGACAUAUCCUAUACAACCUCUUAAAUAUAUUCACACCUGAAUAUCUUCAUAGAGCUCUUAACUCAAGCUCAAAUGUCCAAGACAGUCAGUGUUUGAAUAGUGGUGCAUUUGGCUUUAUGCGCAUUGUGGGUUUGACCCCUCAACAAUUAAGUUCCAUCAUUCACUGUGGAAUUCUUGCUAUGUGGAACUUUGCUUGGCAAUGUCAACAAGAGGCUGAUAAAGCUUGCCAUGAGCAAGAAUGGGGGAUGGCUACAGAUACCCACCUAGAAGAGUGGAAUUUACGAAGGAAACCAUCUGAUUUGUUAGUAACAAAUUAUACUCCAUUUGCUCCAUACUUCUUAAGAACAAGCUCUGUCCGUAACAGUCUGGUUUUCACUGGAAUGACUUCCAGUCAGAGUACAAUAUACACUCACACAGACCAUAUAUACCAUUCUAUACCAGAAACAGUUGAACAUCGACUCCUUCGCAGCAAAAAGCUACAUUCACUUUCUGGAGAAACAGUUGCAGUAAAAACUGAGCCUCUGUCACCCUCAAAGCUUUCUCCCCGCAGCCCCAUUGGCAGUCCAUCCAAGUCACCAAAAGGAACUAGUGGGCACACUGCUCUUGCCACUGCCACAGAAAGUGGACCAGGCAAAGUGGCUCUUCUUCCUGAAUUUUCCCAUGUACCUAGACCACCCCACACAGAAAAAUGUGCACCAACAAAUUUGCCAGCCUUCCUCUUCUACACUAGUCCAAAGAUAAAUAUCAGCAGUAGGGAAAUGUUUGCAAGUAGCAGAGCGGCUGCUUGGAAGCUGACUGAUCAUAAGAAUUGUGGCAAUUUAGAAGCCAAAAGUGCUGUCUGGCAAGGGCCGCCAUGGCUUGCCAAACAAACAGAAAAUUCAAAUCAUUUCUUUUCACCACCUACUCCAGGAGGUUUACUCGGUUCUGCUCCUGCCUUUGGAUGGUCAAGUGUUCUAAUACCUGACAAACAGACAUUAGUUACUGAUGCUGGAAAAUUGUAUGUCCUUGAUGCACUUUUAACUAGAUUGAAAGGGCAAGGUCACAGAGUUCUAAUUUACUCCCAAAUGACAAAAAUGAUCGACCUAUUGGAGGAGUAUAUGUGGCAUAGAAAGCAUACAUAUAUGAGAUUGGAUGGUUCUUCAAAAAUAUCUGAGCGUCGUGAUAUGGUUGCAGACUUUCAGUCAAGGAAUGACAUAUUUGUUUUUCUCUUGAGUACUAGAGCAGGUGGAUUAGGUAUUAAUUUAACUGCUGCAGAUACUGUCAUAUUUUAUGAUAGUGACUGGAAUCCUACUGUAGACCAACAAGCAAUGGACAGAGCUCAUCGUUUAGGUCAAACAAAACAGGUUACUGUUUAUCGCCUCAUUUGCAAAGGGUCAAUUGAAGAACGUAUAUUGCAGAGAGCAAGAGAAAAGAGUGAGAUUCAACGUAUGGUCAUAAGUGGAGAACAGUUCAAACCAGAUACACUCAAACCAAAGGAAGUUGUCUCAUUGCUGUUGGAUGAUGAGGAAAUUGAACACAAAUAUCGUCAGAAGCAACGUGAAAGGCGUCAGUAUGAAGAAUUCCGGGAGCGAGAAAAGAAACGUCGUCUGGCAGGGCUACCUGAGACUGAUACCAUAACAAAACGCCCACGCUUAGAGGGUGAAGAUGGCUGGGUGAAUGUCGAAUCCAAUCCUAACAGCCCAACACAAAGUGAAUGCUCUAUCACCACAUCUGGUGGCCUGGGUGACAAGGUGGACAAUACUCCUCUGAUGUAUGAGAGACCUAUUUCCACCACCGCUGUGCGACGAACAGGCAGAGGCGGUCGCCGCGGUCGACCAAGAGGCACUCGGAGGGGCGCAGGACGGGGUAGGAUGGACGCCGGCGGUGUCGGGGCCAUCAUCGGCGAGCUGCCCAACUCGCCGGCGGCCUCCCCGGGGCUGUCGCUCGCCUCGUCUCCCGUGCCGUCGCCCGCAGCCGCAUCGUCGCCCGCGCCGGCCCUGGCCGAGGCCUCCGCCUCUGCGACGCCGUCCUCCCCCGCGGCCGGCGCAGCCUCUGCCGUCCCAGCGCCACCCGUGCGCAGAGGCCCCGGCAGGCCUCGCCUCAAGCCCGGAGGGAAGCCCGCCAACACCGGGACGAGAGGGACGGGCACGAGGCGACCCCGGCGCCCCGUGCGGCCUCUGCCGGUGCCCCUGGGCCGUGUCUCCCAGCAGCCCCUGACCCAGCAGGCGCAGCAGGGUGGCAUUGGCUUCUACACGCAGCGCGACAUGUCCUCGCAGGACUGAUGGGCGUCUUAAAUUUUUGACUGUGAUGAAAAAAUAUUGUGUUCGUUUGAACAAUAUUGAAUGUUUCAUAUAGAGUAAUAGGUGUAUUAUACUGUAAGUUAAAAGAAUGAAUGUAAAAUUUUGUCUUAAAGUUUAAAAAAAAGAUUUAAUGUUAGUUGUUAUUGUAGAAACCCUUAAUUUUUGGAAGCCAUAUAUUUUACAACAGUUUUGUUGUAGAAGCAUUUCUUUUACUGUUGCAGAUAAUGAAAUGCAUUUAGGUUUUCUGUUUUAAAUUUAAAGGUUGACAUGAUAUUGCAUUAAACAAGACUGAUUAGUUAUUUACGAUAUAUUGUUUUCUUCUGUGAAGCCCUCUGUCCACUAAGAUACAAUUAAUGACAAAGGUAUCCGAUCUUCCCCCCUUGUAAAAUUAAUGGGAAAAGAAAGUUUGACAAGUUAAGUCCAACUGAAGGUUCUAUUAAAUCUAGUCCAAGCUACGCUUCCUAUAUGUCAUAUAAUGUAUUCUUGGGUCAGGUUUCAAACAUUUUUUGUAAAGACAGAUACUAAGGGUUCUAACCAUAUGAAAUACUGUGGUACCUUAAGAAGUAGGCAUAGUCAUCCAAAUGUAAUCAAGUUUUAAUUAUUUGAUUAUAAGCAAAUGAAUUGUAUCAAUUUUUUCUUACAACGUUCUAGACUGUGAUGAUUUUCCUGGUUAUGAAAGAAUGUACCUAUUGUGUGUAUGUGUCAGUGUUACCUGCCUACUUUAAAAAAAAAAGGUUUGUCUUUUUUCUAAAAAUUUUAACAUUUGUGUCUACUUAUCGAUUAGAUAAAUAAAUAAACCAGCAUACCCUUGUCGUUUUCUAUUCAAA